GGCUCCUCGAGAGACUGGCUCCUUCUCCAAAAUGAUGCAUUCUUUGGGCAUCAUUCUACUAUUUAUUCCACUCGCCACAGGAUCAAUUUUCGAUCAGGCGGUGAAAGGGAAAUGCAUUCCGAUCGACAUUGAGCUAUGCAAAGACCUGCCCUACAACUACACAUAUUUCCCGAAUACCAUUCUACACAACGAUCAACACACGCUUCAAACCCACACGGAGCACUUCAAGCCGUUGAUGAAAACAAAAUGCCAUCCACACAUUCACUUCUUCAUUUGCUCCGUUUUUGCUCCAAUGUGCCCGAUUGGAAUGCCACAGGCCGUGACAAGCUGCAAAUCCGUUUGCGAGCAAGUGAAAGCGGAUUGCUUCUCGAUAUUGGAAGAAUUCGGGAUUGGAUGGCCGGAGCCGCUGAAUUGUGCACAAUUCCCAGAUCCACCGGAGCUUUGCAUGAAGCCUACGGAAGACGAGAUAACUGGAGGAUUUUCGGCUCCCCGGCUGCCUACAAAAGGCUCGAGCUCAUCAUCCUCCAAGCCAACCGGGUGCCCCAGUGACCUUGUCGAUGUGGAUCCACACGAUCCCAAGUCGCAUUGUGCAUUCGCGUGCCAGUCGAAUGUGAUGUUUAGUACGGAUAAUAAGCGUAUGGUACGUUCAUGGUCAAUUUGGUUUGCCGCCGCAAACGCCGGCGUUGCUCUUUUCUCCUUCUUGACGUUCGCCAUCGACCGAAAGCGAUUCCGUUUCCCGGAGAGAUGCGUCUUCUACCUAUCCCUGUGCAUCUUCAUCUCCUCCCUCCCAUACCUCACGCCACUCUUCAUCGAUGCUCCGAUCCGAUCCUGCCACGCACUUGGAAACGGGCGGUCAUACCUGUCAAUCGGAACAUUUGACAAUUCAUAUUGUCUUGCCUCAUUCCUUCUUAACUACUUCUUCAGUACAGCGGCUGCCCUUUGGUGGUUAAUGUUCUCAUUUACACUGUAUUUGAGCGGUGGAAGGAAAUGGGUGCCAGAAGGUAUCGAAGCAUGCAGUAGUUAUGUGCAUUUUGUUGCCUGGGGAUUGUCGUCGCUGGCCACGAUUAUUGUGCUCAUUUUCAACAAAGUCGACGCGAGUGAGCUCACCGCUCUUUGCUCCGUUGGGAAUUUGAAUUCGAUUGCGUUGCUCUGGUUUGUGAUUGUUCCCCGAACUAUUUGCAUUGUUAUUGGAACAUGUUUUAUUGUUGGAGGAUUUGCGAGCAUGUGCAGAGAGAGAAUUAGUUUCAGAACAAGGGGCACAGACACAUCGAAAUUGGAGAAACUAAUGGUGAAAAUGGGCUUCUUCUGUGCUUUAUUCAUCCUUCCCAACGUCAUCGAACUUGUCUGUCAAUGCUAUAAAUUCAUGAUUCUCACCCAAUGGACCCGAAUGACAAUUGACUGUAAACAACAGUCAGGUGCAUGUCAUCGGCCGACACCGCCGCAGGCUGAAAUUUACAUGACCGCCGUAAUUUCCAGUCUCGCCACAGGAUUCUCGUGUCUGAUGUGGGUGUUGUCGGCGAAGACCGUCCACGCCUGGAAGAACUUCAUCUUCUGUGGAAUGUGCUCGUCGGCGCCGGUUAAAGUGAAACCCAAUCGAGCCAUCAACACGUCCAUUGCUCGAGCCACCAACUGCUCCGCCACCACAACCACCGGUAUACAUGCAAAUGGCGACGAAUCCUCAGAAUUCAUGGAGACCCAGUAAGGUCGUCUGAGCGAGAUUUUUCCGCGCCCAUUUCAUCCCAAUUUCCCAUGACAAAACCGAUGAUCUUUAUAUUAUUUUUUGUUUGUUUUUAAUGCAUUCAACCAUCAUUUCUUCUCUCUUUACUUUUGAUUUACGGGUUUUUUCUACUUUUUCCGAAAUUUUUUUUCUUCAAGGAAACUAUAAUAAAAAAUUUUUCACAAAAAA